UGUAUACGUAUCCAUCGACAUAGAUGAUGGGGAUUCCCCAGACAUUAUGUUUAUAAACAGAUUCUUUUUCUGAAUCAUGAUUAGUCGCGGGGCGGUGCUCGUUCGUUUAGUCUGUAACCAAUAUUAUUCGGUGCAUGCAUGAACAUUAUUACGGUGAAAACUAUUUAUGGUUUAGAAAACCAGGAUUGAAAUGAUUUUUUCAACUUGUUAUUCUUGGACAAUGCUAUCGAGACAUUCAAGUUCAGAUCCUUGAUCAAGAAGUUAUUGUUUCUUUUUUUAGCUAGAGGCCUCCUGAACCUGAAACAAUAAAUCGCAUUGGGGAUAAUAUCGAACAGGACUACUUCCUGAACAUUUCUGAGAGAAUCCAGAAAAAAUGGAAUUUUAUCAAGAAUUCAGAACGCACUCAGUCGAGGAAUAUUUCAAGCGUCUGUAUCUAACUUUCAGAGAUGAAUUCAGCAUGCGAUCCCCUGGUCGCAAACAAUUUGCUGCUUUCUCUUUGGACAUGGCUGGACUUGACAGUGAGAAACCUAUCUACCGAGGUCAUCCAUUCGGAGGUGGGGGAUUCCUUAGUUGGGAUUUUGCCGUCGCUACAAGUUGCAGAGAGGCCAAUGGCAUCAUUGAGCACGCUGAACAACGAGUCCUUUGUCACCUCAUAUCGAAUCUCCAAGAUAUGGUACACCUGAACGACCACGCCCAACAUUCGCUGUACCUCUUCACCUACUUAUCCCCAUGUAAUGAUUGCAUCAUCUUCAUUGAUCAGCUCCUGAAUGGAUUGAAGACGACUCUGCCGAAGCUGGAGAUAUAUCUUGGAUACAUCGAGAUGUACGUGGAUGCACAGGACCGAAGAUUAACGAGUUCAGCCGAACGGUCAAUGGAAAAUCUCAAAACCGUGUAUGUCCUGGAGCGACAGUUUCCGAAGUUUCAUGUGAUGGAGAUUCCGAAAGUUAAUCGGUCAAGUUCUUACUCGAAGCUUUACAUCGAGUCAUGAGACUGGAUACAAAAAGAAAAUGCACGAAUUUGUUGAAUUAAAUUGCUGCCAUAUUACCAUGAUUGUUCACUAUCCUUUUUUUCAAGUCUAGGUGCAAUAUCCCCGCGACUCUUCUAUUCCACUGAUGUGAAACCUGACGCUCUACUCGGGAUGGAGGUGUUCCCACCAUAGUGUCACACCUUUUUUGAAGUUCAAAGCUCAAGUAGCCAAAAUUGAGGUUAAUGGAACUUUUAUAUACUUUGACUCAUUACAAAAUGAGGAAAAAUUGUAAUAUCAUCAGGUUCCCAGGAUGGAAAAUUUAGCCUGAAAUAUGAUGACCCGCAAACUUACCUCUUCAGAUGAUUGUCGUAACUUAGUAUGCUGAGAAUAGCAUAUUCUAUCUUCGCUUAUUUUCUUAAAUUUAUUAGUAAAACAAGAAUUUCAUAAUCGAUAUGCUGGUAAGAUGUAUCUGUUUCAUUGACCGAGACACGCCCGACUAUCGGCCUUCAUAUUAAUUUAUCUGUUGAAAUUUGAUUUUCUGAAAAUAUGCUUAUGCAUCUCAUUUCACCGAAUUCAUUUAUUGCGUACACAUAUCAUGUUUUGAAGUCAAUUAGAUGCAUAACUAAGGUAUUUUAUAUUUGGUAGCAUUGAAAAUCACUAAUGAUUUCAAUUCCCUAUAUAUAGCUCUCUGAAUUUUGUAUUUAUGUUAAUAUAAUGUAAUGGAGAGUAUGCAAGUUUGGGGUAUAAUUUGAGAAUGGAAAUAAUAGAUUCCCAUAAAAGGAUUUAAAUUGAAUUGAAAAGUAUUACACAAGUCUUAUGCUCUAUGUACGUAAUUUUAUACUAUGUUCACCUCACUUUUCUAUUGCUAUGAUUUUUUCAGGUAUUUUUUUUAAAUGAAUGUAUCUGAUAUACUUUUGUACCUGUAUGCUGUGAAAAUAUAUACUGUGUGUCCACUUGAAUUGUAAUUUUCUUCGUUUUAAGAAGCAUACCUAAAAUAUAUAUUCUACUCAUGUUAUUGUAUUCAGUGGAUAUAUAGCAUUAUUAAUUGAUGUGUAACUAAAACUUGAUCCCUAUUUGCAAAGAUACUAUGGAAAUCGAUACUUACUUUGAAUUAUAAUGAACAAAUUAUUGAAAGUAAGAGUCUGUAAUAGUUGGUGACUUCGAUAAAUAUUGAAAGUAAUGAUCCUUUAUUAUAACCAAGAAGCGCUGUCAUAAUGUAACUUUUAAGGACGUUCCACAGUUAUGUUUGUGCGCAUUAUGAUCUGCGCAUAGUUUACACUCUGUGCGCUGACGUCACAAUGGAUGAACAGGUGAUUAAUUAGCUGCGGGUAUGAGCUGAUUUUUCUCAUCUUCUGCACUUUAACUGCAGAUCCGAUGCGUUACUUCAUGAAGCUAAAAAAUUGAAUUAUUCCAUGGACCAUUAAAAAAAAUAUAUCUAAAAUUUCAAAAUACUUUACUCUGCAGUGCUGCCAAGAAUCACGAAUAUUACCCCGACUUUGAAUAAAUGGUGAGUGGUUUUGAUUUUUUCUUCACAUAGAUACAAAGCAUUCGGCGCAUUUUUGGUGUUUUAAAAAGCACAUUUGCUCUAAUAAAAUACUGAUAGUUUAAAAACAAGCACAUGAACCCCUAUUUUUUAAUGUUUGUACGUCUUAGGUAUACCUUCCUCUGCAAAAGUUGGUGAAAAUGACAUGGAUUUUGAAUAAAGUGCAGCAUUUAUUGUACUUUUGUAGUUUGUUACUGAAAUUUCACAUUUUUUAGAUUGGGAUUUUGUUAUCUUUUGCGCCAUUUUUAAGAACGGAACGUGCUGUUAAACUUAAAAUUGCAAACAAAUAGCACUAUAAAUAGAUUCUCCAUUCUAACGAUACAAUUAUUAACUCUCUUGCGAAAUUUGAUGACUUUUUCAUGUAUUUUGACUGAGCAAUAGAGGUUUAAACUCAUUGUAGUAAUCUUGGGCGGUCUAAAAAUGCCGAAUUCUUUUAAAUGCGCAAUUCUUAAGAACAUCAAUUUGGGUGAACUUUGAAACUCUAUAGCAAAAAAUCAAGCACAUGGACCUAUGUUGAUUUUUGCGUAUUUCGAAUAUUAAGGUUCUAAAGUAUCUAUGUGCAAAGUUUGGUGAAAAUGACAUGGAUUUCACUUUAACUGUGGAACGUCCUUAAUAUGACUACUCUCAUCUAGUUCAUUAAAACUGGAAAGUGCGGUGCAUCUUCAGGGAUUCAUGGAAGUCAUAAGCAGAAAUAGAAUGGUCCGUAUUCUGAACUUGAGUUUGAUUCAAACCCUGGUCUAACGUUCUGGUUUAACUAUGGAAAGCCAACUGUGAAAAAAUCAAGAAAAGUACAAAUUAGAUUUAUCAGCUGUUAAUGUCUUACUCUGUUCGUUUUCAACUGUCUGCAUUAGAAUAAUAACUGAAUCAAUUUUCUUCGUCACUAUAUAGCAUGAUGAAGGAGCUAUAUCGCAUGAUUAUAGUGGACCCCAUGGAAGAACAGAGUAAUUAUGUUAAUGACUCUAAAAUGGGCAAUCAUUUCGAUUAUUUUAUCUAUUCAACAUAUUUGCAAUUCAUUUUGUUUAUUUCAAUUGAUGCCAUCUAUGUUAUUUAUCUAUUGUGUUUUUUAAUAAUCGGAAAAUAAAUAA